UCUCUCUGUUCAGACUUGUUUGGGAAUUUGAGGAGGGAGGAGGGGAAGGAACCCUGACAGAGUGGAACGCGUCGAAAAACUUCUGUCAGUGGAGUAAACAUUUGGAGCUUAUGAUUUUGAAGAACAGAAUGAGUUAAGAAAGAUGUAGGUCAAUCAAGAUUAUCAGUAAAACAUUUAUCUCACUCUCCACACUGAUCCACUCAGUGAGCACGCGCAGGUAUGUGGAACAUUUGUGUGUUGUGCAAUUCCUGUUAGUUCUUCGGCGAGAGAGGGAAAGUAGGAGAAGGAGAACACUUUUUUUCCCCAAAGACACUGCUAAGGUUGUCUAAAUUAUGUUGCCAUGGGAACCAAACGCACAAAUCGGACCAUCGAGGAUUCUUUACAACUGCCACGCAGCCCAGCUACUCCUGACAGGGGCAAUCAAUCAAAUGAGUGGAUAAGUUGUAAGACCAGACCUCAAGCUGGUCCAAAAAUCCAAGUUGAACGAGAGAGGGGAGGGGAAGACUGGAGAGCUAGAGCGAUGGACAGAAUACAAGACAGACCAAGAGAGGGAAGGAGGGAUGUGGAACAAGACCACAGAGAAAGGGAGAGAUUUUUUCAAUUUAAAGGUAGAGCAGAUGAAAUGAACUUGAGAGAAAGGGACCGAAGGAGAGAGGAGGGCAGAUAUACAAAUGGACGAGUUACCUCUAUACAACAGCAUGAAGAGUACAGAGAAAGAGAGAAGGGAGACACUUUCCCCAGGACUAUGAGACAAAGUAACGAAAGAGAAAGAAGACCGAGACAUUCUGUUGAUCUGAAUAGUGAGAAAUUGGUGGAGAUAGGUACUGGUAGGUCGAGGGAAUUAAACAUGAUUGAAAUUGAAAGAGAGAGAGAAAGAGAACGAGCUAAAAAGGCUGACAAAGAUACCCAGAGGUACAGAGAAAUGGAAGGGCAGAGAGAGAUUGAGAGAAGAAGAUUAAAGGAAGAGAUGAAAAGAAAUGCAGGAAGAAGAUUAGAGGAGGCGGAUUUAGACCGAAUAAGGUGGGACCCUGGUAAGAGGGAAAGAAGAGUAGAGAGAUACACAGAGGUCAGUGGCAGUGACCAACAGAUCUCAAAAAGGCGAGAAAAAGACCAAGUUCGAGACAGACCCAGAGACAGAGAAGACCGGUUUGAGUCUCUACAACCAACAAGAAUUAUAAUGAAAGAAAGAGAUAACUUUUCAGACAGAGAGGAGAGAGAUGGAAGGAGGAGGGGAGUGCAGAAAGAGAGACACAGAUACACAAAGAGUGAGGGUGAUACGGAUGGGGAAAAGGAGAGACAGGUAACAAGGGAGGAGGAUGCUGUGACAACCAGACUUGAUGCUAGGCUUGAGCUAGACAAUGAAAAAGGAACAACCAUCAUCAAAUUGACAGAAAAAGAGCGGCGCAGGGAGGUGGAAAGGCAGAAGGAAAGAGAGAGAAGAAAGGAGAAAGAAACAGCUUUGCGAUUUAACAAGAGGGAAGGGAAUAAAGAAGGGAUGAUGGAGAGAUACAGAGAGAGAGACGUAAGAGAGAGGGAUUGGCCCAGAGAAGAGAGAGGACCUGAUGGACCGAGGGAUCGAUUAAGGGGCACUGAAGAUAGAAGAAGAGAAAAAGAAUUAAAUGAAAGAAUGAGGAGGGAGUAUGAGAGAGAGGGAGCACGCAGACCUCCUGCAGAGAGGGAGAUGGACACAUAUCCGGAAUGGGCAGACAGACAGAGACGAAACUGUUAUGAGGAAGAAACGACAGGAAGAAGUAGUCAAACACAGAGGGAGUCAGACAGGAAGAUACAGGAGGAAGCCCAAAGAAGCAAAGAGUGGAUGCCAGGAAGUGAUGUAGAGGGUGACCAUCAAAAGAGAAUUAAAGAUAGCUUUGAAGAGAGAAUGAGAGCUUCUGAGAGUGACGGGGAGAAAAAGAGAAGUGAAGAAGUACAGCAUAUAGCAUGGGGGCUAAGGAAAGAAGAGGUAAGAGAAGGCUUUGAAAAAGAGGAAACUGAGAUGGAAAGAGAGAAAGAAAGAGAAAAAUCUGCGCGCAAAAUGAGACCACGCAGGAAAAUGUGGCUGGAGCCUGGAUCAGGAAGAGAGAGAACAGAGUCAUUACAGGGAGACUUUAAAGAGAGAGAGCAAGCCAGGGAGAGAUAUGCACAGAGAUACAAAGAGCAAAAGACAUCAAGAGGUGAAGAAGAAAUGUCCACAGACAUGUCAACAGAAAGGAAGAAUGGAGGAGUAAAAUUAUUGCUGGAAGACAGGCACAGGGAACUAGAUAGUGCUGCUGAGCUUAUGAAGGAUGUUGAUACUGAGAAUUUGGAAGAAAUGAUAGUAAGUGAUGAGAUGGUCUUUGAUAAUGAAGCUUGGUUAGAUGUGCCCUACCAGACGGAGGCAGAACAUGUGUCUGAUAACAUGGAGGGGAGUGACAGAGAGGAAGAGCAAGGGAGCGAUAGAUAUGUUAACUCUGAGGGUGAAGAGGGAAGUGAGGGAGCCCGCGAAGAAUGGCAGGACAAAGUGACAUCAGGAGAUGAUGGUUUUGUGACUGUGUCCAGUGGUGCAGAAGAAGACGAGACAGAGGCAGAGAGGUUUGAGGACUGUACAGAAUUCUGGGCUGGUGGAGAUAGAGAGGAUCUAGCUAGGCUGUCACCCACAAGCACCCACCAAAGUGAGGGAGAGAUUGAAACCAGAAUGACCAAAGAGAGAAGUGACCACGCAGUCACUGUCUUUUGUGUGGUUGGUCAAAUUCUUCCCAGGUCAGGAUUCAACCAAAACCUACUCUUGGAUCACAUGGAGCGGGAGGAGACCAGUCAGGACUUAUCUUCGGAAAUGGGUGGUGUUGGUGGUGAUCAGGAUGAAGCACCAAACAGAGACACAGAGGCAGAAAGCACAAGCACAAACCAUGGCCUCAGUGUGUCUGAGGAGGACAUGUCAAGCAGCGAUGACUCUAAAUGUGAUAAUACAGAAUCUCACCAAAUGACCAAAGAAGUUACCCCAUCAGAGGACUUGGUAAUUAGUGGUGAUAUAAUUGCAGAAAAAGACACUGAACCCUGCCAAACAGAAUCUACUGAGACAUUGACUCAGAUUGAGGAUCAUGGAAAUGCUCAGAUGAAAAUGACAGAUGGAGAAAUCCAUGUGGAAGGACAAAAUGAACUGCAAAGUAGCUGCCAUUUAGAGGAGCCAGAGAGUGCAGAGGAUACGAAGCGCUUCUCUGCUGCUCCACAUGUCAAAUGGGCUAAGAAUGUGCUCAGCGAGAUCUUGGAUUCUACUGAAGACGGUACCCUUAUCGUACCUCAGCCAAGCAUGCUUACUGAGCAGGCAGGUGAUGGAGCUCCAGCUGAGACUGAAAGUCAUGGAGACUCACCCCUGUAUGGCAUUGUCCAGAAACCCCGCAAGCACAAUCAUGACAGAAAAUGCAUAGACCCUGAGUUAGUGCAUUACAAACCAGAGGACACGAAGACAGAUAUACUGGUAGGAAAUGAAAUUCUCUUACAGGUAGAGGGGCAGUCAGAGGGAGAAGAAGAACUGUAUCUACUCUCCACCAGUCCAGACCUGCACAGUCUCUCUUCUGAUAAUGAGACAGACAAGGAGGGAAGCAGUAAGAAUGAGAAAAAAACGAAGAAAAAAGCAAAGUGGAACAUUCUAGGCUCUAACAGCUUCAAAGAAUUGGGGAGUGAAGUAUGGGGAAGGAGGACUGGGUUCCGAAAGACAGUACAAAAAGUGAAUGAAGAGGAGGAGGAGGGAGUAGGAAUCGGAAGAGACCGCAGAACCCGAGUCUUCAAAACAGAUGAUGAAUAUGACGAUCUGAGUAGCACAUGGAAUGACUUAGAUUUGAGGUCUGGUAAAGAAACACUUAGCAGGACAAAAAUGAGGAAAUCAAAAUAUUACAAUGCCCAGUUGUAUCAGCAGUACAGCGAGGUGGUCCAGAACAGGGAGCUCAUUCAUCAGUCUCAUUCUGAUGCUAGCUCUGUGUCUGGGGACGUCCAUUCUUUCUCAGCAUCCUCAUCUCCAUCUCAUUCUCCUAUUCUGGCUCGCCGGCCCCUCCCAUCUCUUCCUCCUGUGCUUCACCCCCAUUCCAUAUCCCAUACAAACUCUUUCUCCAGUGGGAGUGUGUUGUUGGCCAUACCUCAUGACACUCCUCAGAGGCCCCCAUCACCUCGGCUGUCCAUGUCGUUUGCCUCCUCGCCCAUGCUGUGGCAGGACCUGCCCGGAGUGAGCAGCAACCCUGAUCUCAAACACCUCAGUGAGGAUGAGAGACGCUUACAGGAGGUGAGAUUUGAAGUGGUGACAUCUGAGUCAUCGUACUGCAGCAGUCUGGACAUUGUAGUAGAGCACUUUGUCAAGUGCAAACAGCUCAACAUCCUCUUGACUUCACAAGACAAAAACUGGCUGUUUUCUAAACUCAGUGAUGUCAGAGCCAUCAGUCACAGCUUCUUCUCUCAGCUGGAGGAAAGAGUGGAAAGUGACAUAAUGAGUUUUACCGUGUGUGACAUCAUCAUCAAACACUGUUCACGAUUCCGAGCAGUCUAUGUACCCUACCUCACCAACCAGUCAUACCAAGACAAGACAUAUCAAAGAUUAAUGAAUGAGAAUACUGGAUUUCGCCACAUCGUGGAAAAGUUGGAGCAAAGCCCCAAGUGCCAGAGACUUCCUUUACGCUCCUUCCUCAUCCUCCCAUUCCAGAGAAUUACUCGGCUUAAACUGCUAGUACAGAAUAUCGUAAAGAGAACAGCUCCUAAGACAGUGGAUGAGGCACAGGCAAUUAAAGCCAUGAAAUUACUGGAGAAGAUGAUUCAAGACAGUAAUGACAGUAUAUCUCAGAUGAAGAACAUUGAAUCACUGGUGUCCCUCAACGCGAAGGUGGACUUUGAGUGCAAGACUCUGCCACUGAUCAGUCAGUCACGAAGGCUGGUGAAAGAGGGUCUAGUUUCAGAGCUAAGAGACUUCACAUUAAAGGAGAAAGAGAGAAGUGUCUAUAUACACCUCUUCAAUGACUAUUUGCUUCUCUCAUUACCCAAAGAAGGCAGUCGGUUUACAGUGAUUGAUCACGCUCCUGUAACAGAGCUGAGAGCUGAAAACUGCAGAGUCAAACUUCAUUCACUACAGAAGAAUCUCUUCCGUCUGCACAUGGCACAAAGAGCCCUACUACUACGAUCAGAAACACAGGCUGAUAAACUGCGCUGGAUCUCUGCGCUCUCUCGCCCUCAUCCUGAAAUUGACUUCAAUGCCGCACAGGACAUUCCACAGAUGCAGUGUAUCAGAGCCUUUGUAGCCCAGCAACCUGAUGAACUCAGCCUGGAGAAAGCUGACGUUCUGCUGGUUCAUGAGCAGAGCAGUGAUGGCUGGGUGGAGGGAACGCGUCUAUCAGACAGGCAUCGCGGAUGGGUUCCCGAUUCUCACCUGGAAACAAUAGUGAGUGAAAAGGUUCGUCAGCGCAACCUGAUAGACACGCUGAAGAUCACAACUGCAACAGCCACGGUGUGAAGCGUUUGCAAGCGUCUGAUUUGAGCCAGCGUGUCUUAAAUCUCCACUCAACACUCAGAGACUCUAAUGAGCAAAUAAACUCUUCAAGAGGCAUGAUUACCACUCCCAGGACACUAAAAUCAGGGAUCUUCAACUUGUUCUAGGCUUUACCCUAAAUUAAGGUAUUGCUGGAACCUUGAAUGUGAACUGUUAUUUACAGUAUGAGAACUUGGGACAAUAAAUAGUUGACUCUUUCAACAAGAUUGUAUAGAUUUUUAUAGGCAACAUUUCUAUACCCCUGGUGCUUGAGUGCUAGGGAUAAAAUGUGUCCAUGGUGUCUGACACACAGAGGUCAUGGGACACAGUGUACAUGUUUCACUUGUACAGAAGAUGGAGUAUGUUUAUAAACCAGUGUUGUAUUUAGAGCAAUGCACAUUCUUGAGGAACAAGUAUGUCAACAUCCUCUUUACACUGACCAGCACAGCAUUAAUAUGCAUAAACUUUCACUUACUGCUGUACCUCAGAUGGAUUUAUUUCAGAAAUCAACAUUUUCUGACCAAUUCUGCAGUGUGUUAUAUGAUAUAUAGGAACAUCAUUGGGAGGAUCCUUUUUAAUACAGUGGGAAUGAACUAUAUUACACAAAUAGGCCUGCAAAUUGCAUCACAAAUUUUGAAAAAAGCCUCAGCAAAAAUUUUGGCAGCAACAAUCACCAAAAUAAAUAAAUGAAAAAUCCGCAAAAUCCUGUAUGGACUGAUUUCAUAUUUACACACACAUAUACACAUUCCAAAGUUUAGACACACUCAUUCUUUAUUUUUUAUAUUUUUCCCUCCCCCA